GUGUGGGAAUCCUCCCUUCUGAUGACGUCAGGGUGAGCUUCAGUGAACCGUCGUGCCGGAAGGAAAGAUGGCGGAUCAUGAGGAGCAGUUAUCUGAUGAGGAGAAGGUUCGCAUAGCUGCUAACUUUGUCAUUCAUGCUCCUCCUGGAGAAUUCAAUGAAGUUUUCAACGAUGUGCGAUUGCUGCUUAACAAUGAUAAUCUUCUCAGGGAAGGUGCAGCUCAUGCAUUUGCACAGUACAAUGUGGACCAGUUUACUCCAGUAAAAAUCGAUGGGUACGAUGAUCAGGUCUUAAUAACAGAACAUGGUGAUCUGGGAAAUGGCAGAAUCCUGGAUCCAAAGAACAAGAUUUCCUUCAAGUUUGACCAUUUACGGAAGGAGGCGAGUGACCCACGCUCUCACGAUGUAGAUAACGCUGUGGAGUCCUGGAGGAGUGCUGUGGACAAUGCGGUCAGGGCUUAUGUGAAGGAGCAUUACCCCAACGGGAUGUGCACUGUUUAUGGGAAAACUAUUGAUGGACAUCAGACUAUCAUUGUAUGUAUUGAGUGCCAUCAGUUUCAACCAAAAAAUUUCUGGAAUGGACGCUGGAGGUCAGAAUGGAAAUUCACAGUCACCCCAUCAACAACCCAAGUAGUAGGAAUUAUGAAAAUUCAGGUUCACUACUAUGAAGAUGGCAAUGUUCAGCUAGUGAGCCAUAAAGAUGUCCAGGAAUCCAUGUCUCUUUCUAAUGAAUCUCAAACUGCAAAGGAAUUUGUUAAGAUCAUGGAGGCUGCAGAAAAUGAGUACCAGACUGCCAUUAAUGAAAAUUACCAGACAAUGUCGGACACUACUUUCAAAGCCUUACGCCGACAGCUCCCAGUGACACGCACCAAGAUUGACUGGAACAAGAUCUUGAGCUACAAGAUAGGAAAAGAGAUGCAGAACGCCUAAAAAGAAUAUGCAUGACUGGAUUGUUGUUUUGUCCUUGUAUAAAUUAAAUUAAUGAAAGGUUUGGUCUCACAAAAUGUAAAACAUUUAUUACACUUAAGAUGCCUACUUUUAAUAAGAAUUUUUUACAAAUGCCAUUAACAUUCACUAUAGCAUUUGGAAUUUAUGUUGCUAAAAUAUUACCCAAUUUCUUUUUUUAAAAAUAUAUAUAUUGUUUUAAUGUAUUCAUACAUAAAAGAUGCCUGUUUUGCCACACAAUUUUACUGUGGUGGUGAGACCACACCUUUUACAUGCAAAAAACCCCAUAAAAAUAUUAAUAGAAAUUAUUUAAAUUUAUCCCCAUUCUAAGUGUAGUUUAGAAUUUACUUUUUUAAAGGAAAAUAGGAAUCUUCCAAAAUUAGUUUCUUUAAUGUAAAAAAAAACUUGUUUAUUGGCUCAUAUUCUGUCAGUCUUACACAAGCAGUCACCCUCUUCACCACUUGAGCUACUGUUAUAUGUGUAAGUGUUCAUCAUCGUGUGUCUACUGAGCAAAAGAGUGCAUUGGCUUGUUCUCGAAAACCUGAAAAUAACAUGAUCAUGCUGACACAAACAGGUUUCACUGAUUAGGUCUGUAUCUUUAUUCAUCUUGCUAAAUACAAAGAACAUUGCUUAAAACGUGCUUAUGUUUAUCUACUUAAAAAGACGUUUGUAUUACAUGGGCCCCCAAGUUCUUAUUUUUGUUAAACAGACAUGACUGUAUUAUAACAAGGCACAUUGUAAUAUAUACCUGUAUUAAAAUCUUGUCUGUCAGUUUGGUGAUUUAUUUCCUCUUGGAAUGAACUGUAAUACGAUCUCAAUUAUGUUGCAUUAAAAGACAGAUUUUCUAUUUAAACAAGUA